AAUCAAGAUUUGAAUGCUCUGUCAACCACUCGAAAGGAAGUUCAAAGUGAGAUUGUAAAUAAGCACAAUGAACUAAGAAAAGCAGUAUCUCCCACUGCCAGCAACAUGCUAAAGAUGAAAUGGAGCAAUGAAGCUGCAGCCAAUGCCCAAAAGUGGGCCAACCAGUGCAGUUACAGACACAGUGCCCCAGAUGCCCGAAGAACCAACAUAAGCUGUGGUGAGAAUCUCUUUAUGUCAGACUAUCUUCCUUCAUGGUCAGAAGCAAUCCAAGUCUGGUAUGAUGAGCACCAUGAUUUCAUCUAUAAUGUAGGGGGAAAGACACCUUCUGCAGUAGUUGGACAUUAUACUCAGGUGGUUUGGUACUCAUCUUUCCAUGUUGGAUGUGGAGUUGCCCUCUGUACUAAUCAAAAUUUAAAAUACUUCCUGGUUUGCCAGUAUUGUCCCUCUGGCAAUUAUCUUAGUAGAAUAAAUACCCCUUAUGACAAAGGAGCACCUUGUGGCAGUUGUCCUGGACAUUGUGAAGAUGGACUAUGCAAUGAAACAGAUAAGUCAUCCUUACAGGAGAAUCAAUGCUUUUUCACUGCUGUGACUAAAGACCCAACCAGAACAAUUGUAAAGGAGGAAAAGUACAUUUUGGGCCUCACUGUUUUAGAGGUCUCAGUCCAUAGACAGCCAGCUCCAUUCCUCAGGGCUCAAGUUGUUCCUGACAGCUGUGCUGCGACCAUCCUUGUCUACACUGAGAAUGAGAAUCAAGCAUUAACUGCUUUGUCAACCACACUGAUGAAACUCCAAAGGGGAAUUGUAAAUGAACACAGUAAACUAAGGAAAGCAGACUCUCCCACUGCCAGCAAUCUGCCAAAGAUGGGAUGGAGGAGAAGGUCAGCAGAGAAUGACCAAUGGAUGGCAAGCCCAAGCACAAACAAACAUAGUGACUCAGAGUACCAAAGAACCUGUGUCUUACCAUUGUCGUUACCAAGAUAUAUAUCUCCAAUGUGGCUACUGGAAAAAAAUAGGUUCCUGGAAAAACUACUUGUGAAAAAAAAGAUGUCAGGCCUCCUGUAAUUGUAAAAAACAAAGUUAAUUCAAUAUGACAUACAUAAGCACAGGGCUUUGUUCAGCAGGGUCACAUUAUCUACUUAGAUUUGACCUAUGCUAAUAGCAAACUUAUAAUUUCUAAUUUGAUUCCAAACAGAACAUCAUCUUUUUCUUCUGGAUCUGCUUCUUACACACAGAAAUCUGUUCUAUGCAUGUUUAUAAACUAAUGAAAUCCAUGAGAACUUUGGAUUUUGAUAUAUGAUCUUUGUGAUUUAAAUUUAAUGAAUUUAAUCAAGUUGAGGAUACUGAAUGUUGUUUUCACUAUGACUAAGAUCACUAAAAUCCUGAAAUAAAAUAGAAAAUAAUUUUCCUGGAACACAAUGCACUGAAAUAACUGAAUGUGAUUACCAGUGUCACAUGAAUUGUGGGCUAUGCUUCCUUACUCCUCCUAUCUAAGUAUCUCUAAAGAAGUGUGCAUAUAUACUAACUUUAAUUCCUCCUCAUUUAUUAAUUUUUUCCCUUCACUUACCUAUAUCUAAUCCUCACAAUUAAGUUGAAACUGCUCUUCAUAAAAUAUAUUUUGGGUUGGGGUUGUAGCUCAGUGUUUCAGUCCUUGCCUCUCAUGCUUGAGGCACUGGGUUUGAUCCUCAGCACUGCAUAAAAAUAAAUAAAUAAAAUAAAGAUAUUGUGUCCAUCUACAACUA